ACCAGAAUACCUUUUCUCUUUGUGUUAAAAUGCCAAUGUUUGUAGUUAAAAGAGACGGUAGACAUGAAAGAGUAGCUUUCGACAAGAUUACUGCUAGAAUCAACAAGCUAUGCUACGGACUUGACAUGAACUACAUUGACCCUGUUGCCAUUACUCAAAAGGUUAUCUCUGGUGUAUACCAAGGUGUUACAACUGUCGAACUCGAUAACCUUGCCGCAGAAACAGCUGCUUAUAUGACCACUCGCCAUCCUGAUUAUGCUCUGUUGGCUGCGCGCAUUGCCAUUUCUAAUCUUCACAAGGAAACCAAAAAGGUCUUUUCUCAAGUAAUUGAAGACUUGUACAAUUAUGUGAAUCCCAAGACAGGCAAACACUCACCCAUGAUCUCUAAUGAAACGUACAAAGUUGUCAUGGAUAACGCUGACCGCUUGAACUCUGCCAUCAUCUAUGACCGUGAUUUCAAGUACAACUUCUUUGGUUUCAAAACUCUCGAGCGUUCUUACCUUCUCAAGAUUGACGGCAAGAUUGCCGAACGUCCUCAGCAUUUGAUCAUGCGUGUUGCGAUCGGUAUCCAUGGAACCGAUAUUGAUGCAGCUAUUGAGACAUACAACUUGAUGUCCGAAAGAUACUUUACACACGCUAGUCCUACUCUAUUUAAUGCAGGCACACCUCGUCCCCAGAUGUCUUCUUGCUUCUUGCUCACCAUGAAAGAAGAUUCGAUCGAAGGUAUCUAUGAGACGCUCAAAAUCUGUGCUCAAAUCUCCAAGACAGCAGGCGGCAUUGGCUUAAACAUUCACAACAUUCGUGCUAGCGGAUCAUACAUUGCCGGCACCAACGGUUACUCCAACGGAUUGUUGCCCAUGCUACGUGUUUUCAACAAUACGGCUCGUUAUGUCGAUCAAGGUGGUAAUAAGCGUCCGGGCGCAUUCGCAAUGUACUUGGAACCUUGGCAUGCAGACAUUUUUACCUUUUUAGACUUGCGAAAAAACUUUGGCAAAGACGAAAUCAGGGCUCGUGAUCUGUUCUAUGCUCUCUGGAUUCCUGAUCUUUUCAUGCAGCGUGUCAGAGACGGUGGUGAUUGGUCUCUGUUUUGUCCCAAUGAGGCUCCUGGAUUACAUGAAAUCUGGGGUGACGAGUUUGUUGCUCUCUAUGAAAAAUACGAACGUGAAGGAAGAGCUAGAGAAACGAUCAAGGCUCAAAAGCUGUGGUAUGCCAUUUUGGAAGCUCAAACGGAGACAGGCAAUCCAUUCAUACUCUAUAAGGAUGCUUGUAACAGAAAGAGUAAUCAGCAAAACUUGGGUACGAUCAAGUGCAGCAAUCUGUGUACAGAAAUUGUUGAAUACUCGAGUCCUGAUGAAGUCGCUGUCUGUAACUUGGCCUCCAUUGCUCUACCUACCUAUGUGAUCAAUAGAGAAAAGUAUGAUUUCCAAAAACUGCACGAUGUUACCAAGGUUAUCACUAGAAACUUGAACAAGAUCAUCGAUAUCAAUUACUAUCCUGUCAUCGAAGCCGAAAGAUCCAACAAGAGACACAGACCGAUUGGUUUAGGUGUUCAAGGCUUAGCCGACACUUUCAUGGCUCUUCGUUAUCCAUUCGAUUCACCUGAAGCCAAGCAGUUGAACAUUCAAAUCUUUGAAACCAUCUACCAUGCUGCCCUGGAAGCCUCCUGCGAGUUGGCUGAAAAGUAUGGACCUUACGAAACCUAUGAAGGCAGCCCUGUGUCCAAGGGUAUCCUGCAAUAUGACAUGUGGAAUGUCACACCUACCAACCUCUGGGACUGGGCCGCACUCAAGGAAAAGAUUGCUAAGCAUGGUGUCCGCAACUCUCUGCUGGUUGCUCCUAUGCCUACUGCCUCCACUUCUCAAAUGCUCGGUUUCAAUGAAUGUUUUGAACCUUACACAUCCAACUUCUACACCCGUCGUGUGCUCUCAGGUGAAUACCAAAUGGUCAAUCCUUGGUUACUCCGUGAUCUGGUCGAUAUGGGUCUCUGGAACGAUGAUGUGAAGAACAUGAUCAUGGCUGACGGAGGGUCUAUUCAGAACGUGCCCAGCAUCCCUCAAAACUUGAAAGAUCUCUACAAGACUGUCUGGGAAAUCUCUCAACGUACUAUCAUUGACAUGGCUGCUGAUCGUGGUGCGUAUAUUGACCAAAGUCAAAGUUUGAACAUCUUUAUGGCUGAACCCAACUUUGGUAAGCUCACCAGUAUGCACUUUUAUGGCUGGCAAAAGGGAUUAAAGACAGGCAUGUAUUACCUCCGUACACGUCCUGCUGUCGAUGCCAUCAAGUUCACUGUAGAUCAGCUCUCGUUACGUGAAUAUAGAAAAAAGAUGGAAGAAAAGAACCAGGCUGAUAUGAUCUGUUCGAUUGACAAUAAGGAAGCUUGUAUGAGCUGCAGCGGUUAAGAAUCAAGUUUAUUUAAAUUUUUAUUUGUAUAUAAUUCAUUAUCUAUA